AUUUGAUGUCAUCAGCUAUGUCAGAAGGCGCCAGCAUUGUGGUUUAGACACUUACUUCCCCUGUUGAACUGUGCAUAUUCUUCAUUAUUUUGCAAUAUUCUCACAUGCAAAACGAACUCAUCUAGACAACGGUGAAGGUGAUUGAAUGCUUGAAAAACCUUUUCAAUCAAUGAAGAAACAAAGUCAACAUGGCCAACAAUUCUACAUUCAAUUGUUCCGGGGAAAAGAUUCCAUCUUUUCGAACAGAAACCCUAUACUUCAUCUUCUACUUGAUCAUUUUCAUUCCUGGCCUUCUAGGUAACAGCAUUGCACUUUGGGUCUUAUGCAGGUUUAUUAACAAGAAGAGCAGGGCUGUUAUUUUCAUGAUAAACCUGACCCUUGCCGACUUAGCGCAUGUCUUUUCCCUCCCACUCCGCAUUUUCUAUUAUUUAAAUGAAAUCUGGCCGUUUGGUAAAGCUAUGUGCUUGAUGUGCUUCUAUCUCAAAUACUUGAACAUGUACGCCAGCAUUGUCUUUCUGGUUUGUAUCAGCAUUCAACGUUGUGUUUUCCUCAUCAACCCUUUCAAAGCCAAAAACUGGAAACGCCGCUAUGACAUUGCGAUAAGUGUUAUCCUUUGGGUCGUGGUGGGACUGAGCUGCUCUCCCUUCAUUCUAAUGAGAAAUACAGCUUCAGCAAAUUUCAGCAAUUGCUUCAGAGACUUACCUACGCGGAAGAUUGAAAUGCACCAGUCUGUGAUCAUGAUAUCUUUUGGUGAGCUACUGGGUUUCCUAAUUCCCCUACUAGUAAUCAGCAUGUGCACAUACCGGAUUAUCAAUUCUCUGCAGCAAGACGGUACUAUGCUUCGCGCCAGUGACCGGCGCAAAGCACUCCGUAUGGUCCACAUGUGCACUUUGGUGUUCUUAUUCUGCUUUGUCCCUUAUCAUUUAAACUUUCUGUUCUACAUGAUGGUGAACCAGGACAUUAUCACCAACUGUACAUUUCGAAAAGUCAUCCUCACUUUUCACCCUAUAUCCUUGUGCCUAGCCAGUCUCAGCUGCUGUCUGAACCCCUUUAUAUACUACUUUUUGACUACUGAGUUCCGCGAGCUCUCUCACCGUGGCAGCAUUGUGAUCCGAAGUCGGUUAAUGAGUCGGGAGAGUGGUUCCUCAAUAAGGGAGUAAAGCAAAAAAGAAACUUCACUCUAUUAACAAUGAAGACAACAUUGAAUAAGGUUAAGUAACUGCAUGCAUCAAGAUAUCAAAUGAGACUUUACAUUCCAAUAUUUCACACAAAAAAAAUGAGAAAUGAGAAAAAACUCUGGUUAAGUUAAAAGGGCAGUAUUCAUUUGAAUCAUCAUUGACAAAAAAAUGAUUCAGUAGACCUUAUCUUUCAAAGAUAAUGUCAUGGUGUACCUGCAGUACUAUUACCUAUACUCUUUUUUUAGUAAAAGUUUUAUUUGUACAGUUUUUGGCAUUUUUAAUUUAUUUUAUUUUUUUCUUUUUAUUUUUUGUGUGUUUAGGCAGCUGAUUCAUUAUACAAAGCGAGUUGUAAACCACACAAGGCAAAUGCUGCAGAAACCUGAUGUGAUACUUUGCAACUUUAGCUUACUUUCAUAGACAGCCACAUACUAUAUUGAUAUAUAUUCUUAUUCAGUUUCUACUUACUCUUAAGCACUAUACAUAGUAAAUACUAAACGCCUCAGCAUAAUUCUUAGUUAAUACUAGCAUGUCAUUUUUGUAUAUAUUGUAGGGUACAAUAUUUUACAAGGUUUGUUGCCUCAGUGCCUUUUGAAGAAAUGGUAAAGUUAAAUGAGAAUGAGAAGGACUACAUAAAGAGUUGAAAAACAAAGGGUUAAACAUAUCUGCUUGUACCCAACACAAUUUCACAGUUGCUGUUUUUUGCUUUAUGUACCACUUUAUUUAUAGUAAUUAGAUUAAAUAAAUAAAAAAGAAAACCACAAGUAGAUGAGAUAAGUUGGUAAUAAGUGUUAUUGCCACAAAGGAAAUAGAGCUCUAAAAUUCUUAAAUUUCAUUUUUCUUUUUUGUAAGAAAAAGUAUUUUUCUCUCUUAUUUUACAAAACAUUACCUUCUAAACCGUUAACUGUCACUUGGUGGUUUACAUGUGACUUGCACAGACUAGUGAUUUCCACAAGUAGAUUUAGAUCUAAGCACAGAACAGUUUUGUAUGUGGGACAGAGCAUUAAAAUGUUCAGAACAAAAAGUAUAUUCUUCAUUCUUAACAAUAUAGCAAUCAUUUUAAAAUAAUUUUAAGGUCUACUUCAAACUUUCAGUUUAUUUUCGAUGUUAUGGAAUGUUUUUUUAUGUUUUUGUUAAUAAAUGACUUCCUUUUUUGCACUAAAAACUUGACUUUUUUGUGUCUUGGAAUAGUUAGCAGCAGUUCUAAAGGUGAGAAUGACCCUGACUAGAGUAUACCUGGCACAUCCCAGAGCCUUAAUGAACUAAAAACCAUUCAAGAGAGUUCAUGUGAGCAAUUUCUCUUUUCAACGAGUACUGAGGAAGACAGAAGAUGUGUGAGUGUAGGCAGUCUGCUUGGCAGCAGUAAAUGGAGUCGACCAGAUUUUAUUGGGUGGCUGUUCUUUU